UCGGGGAACGGAAGGGCUUUUUUCCCCCCUCCGUCUCGCUGGGGCCAGUGCGGUCGUCCUUGCUGCCGCCGCCGCCGCCGCCACUUCCACGACGCGCCCUGCCCGGCUUUUCGCGCUGCGGAGCUUGCCUCUCCCCCCUUUUCCCCCCUCCCCAGCCCUGCCCUACCCCGCCCCCGCCCUGCCCGGCUCGUUCCCCCAAAUGAGCGGCGGCUCGCCCGCUGGAUCUAACGCAAGGACAUCGCCCAGCAGCAGCGGAGGGGGAGGAGGCGAAGGCUCGGCCGCCGCCGCUGCUUCGUCAACCCAGCCUUCCGGAGUCGUGUGCCCGGCGCUCUCGCACCUGUCCCCGGAGGACCCCCUGCGCCAGGCGAACCGGCUUCCCAUCAGGAUCCUGAAGAUGCUGAGCGCCCACAGCGGUCACCUCCUGCACCCGGAGUAUCUGCAGCCGCUCUCCUCCACGCCCGUCAGCCCCAUCGAGCUGGACGCGAAGAAGAGCCCCUUAGCGCUGCUGGCGCAAACCUGUUCGCAGAUCGGGAAGCCGGAUCCGCCGCCCGCUUCCAAACUCAACUCCGGCGCUGCCGCCGGGCUGUCUGGGCCGGACAAGGAGUCGAGCAGCCGCGCCGCCGGCGCCGCCGCUGGCAGCGCCCUCAAGCAGCUGGGCGAUCCGCCUGCCGAGGACAAGUCGAGCUUCAAGCCCUAUUCCAAAGGCGGCGGGGGAGAUCCGCGGAAGGACGGCGGCGGCGGCCCGCCGAGCCAGGCCGGGUCGGGCGCAGAGAAGAACGGCUUCCGAGUCCCCAGCGCCGCCUGCCCACCGUUUCCCCCGCUCGCCGCCGCCGCCGCGGCCGCCGCCUCUUCCUCUUCCACCUCCUCCUCUCCAGGUGGCUCCCGCGGCAGUUCCCCGCAGCACGCGGACUGCAGAGGUCCGGACGAGAAGAAGGAGUUGGAGCUCGCGGCCAAGGCCAGUCCGGACGGCGCGCAAGGAGCCGGGGGUAGCCGGGCAGGCGCCGGCAGCGCGGAGCCCGGGGCGCACGGCGAGGCGGCUUCCGGGCGCAAGUCCGAACCUCCGGCCUUGGCGUCCGCGGGCCACGUGGCUCCGGUGUCCCCUUACAAGCCGGGACACUCAGUGUUUCCUUUGCCCCCCUCCAGUAUCGGCUACCACGGGUCCAUCGUGGGGGCCUACGCGGGCUAUCCUUCCCAGUUUGUGCCCAGCUUGGAUCCUACCAAGCCCAGCCUGGUCAGCAGCAGCCAACUGCCGGGGGCCUUGGGGCUCCCGGGCAAGCCCCCCAGCUCCAGCCCACUGACGGGGGCCUCCCCCCCUUCCUUCAUGCAGGGAUUAUGCCGAGACCCCUACUGCCUCAGCUACCACACGGCCUCCCACCUGGGCACCAGCAACUGCUCCAGCUGCGUCCAUGAUCCCGGCAGCCUGAAAAGCGGAUACCCCCUGGUGUACCCCACCCACCCGCUCCACACGGCCCUGUCCUCCAGCGCCACGCCCAGCCUGCCUGGCCACUCGCUCUACACCUACGGCUUCAUGCUCCAGAACGACGCCCUGCCCCACAUAUGCAACUGGGUGUCUGCCGGCGGACCCUGCGACAAGCGCUUUGCCACCUCCGAGGAGCUGCUGGCCCAUCUAAGGACCCACACGACUCUGCCCGGGGCAGAAAAACUUUUGGCUGGGUAUCCUACCUCGGGGCUGGGCUCUGCCACGUCCUGCCAUCUCCACCUCCCGCCCGCUGCCCCGGGGAGCCCCAGCUCCUUACCCGGAUCUCUGUCGCUGAGAAGCCCGCAGACUUUGGGACUCAACCGCUACCAUCCCUAUGGCAAGAGCCACUUGCCUACGGCUGGGAGCUUGCCGGUCCCUUCCUUGCCUGCAGCUGGACCCUACUACUCCCCCUAUGCCCUUUAUGGCCAAAGACUAACCUCAGCCUCUGCACUUGGAUAUCAGUAACUCCAGCAGCCCUGCCUGGGCCUCGCCCUCUCCUGCACCCUUGCCUCCCUCCGGACUGUGUAUUUAUUGACUGUGUGUUAGCUUAAAGCUGGGAAAAUAAGUGCAUUAAUACACCAAUGAAUCAAUGGUAUGCAAAACGUCUGUGUCCCCCACUCCAAAAUCUGACCCACUCCUUUAUUUUUUAAGCAAAAUGUUUUGUAGAUGUGGGGGGAAGCUUACUGUAUUUUCUUUUCUACCCUUUAAUAUUAUUUUUUAAAGGAAAACUUUUCCCCUAGUCCCCGUGAACGCUUUGCAUGGUUUUCAGCAAAAUGUUUUUCUUCCUCCUCCCUGUUUUUUCUUCCUUCUUCUUUUUUUUUUUUUUUUAACUUGGUUUGGUUCUAUUCUUGGUUUUGGUUUCUUUGGCUUUUGUAUAGUAACUGGAAUGUACUUUCUUUUCUUUUUUUGUCUGGUGAAAGAAAGGGGAGUGGGGAGGCCAGGUUGGCUGGGAAAUUAGUCCGUGGCUUUGUUCGAACGGCAGAAGCUGAACAUCGUGCUCGGACUCACCUUGUGACUGGGACAGAGCUGGCACUGCCCUGGCCAUGCUUGGUUGUACUGCAGAGAACCCAUCGUCCUGUCUCCUCUGCAGAAGUCAAAUCUUCUGAGCUUUCAGAGUUAGCGGAUGCCCUCAAUAAAAAGAAGAGCAUCCCAGCACUGGGAUUUUGUUGGUGAAACUGAAGCCCCCUCCUACAGAAGAGGGGUGUGCAAGCCUCCCACCAGUGGGCAUCUUUCACACUUUUUUUUUUUGGCUUUGGCUUUGUUUUUGUUCUCUCUUCUCUCCCCCCCCCCUUCUCUUUCUUCAAAAGACCUGAAGUUUAAGGAAAUUAGCAAGCAUCCUUGAGGGACUGGAAGAGAAAAAUCUUCUUAUAUGCCAAAUGAGGACCUCAGAGAACUUUUGCUCAGUCUGGUUCAAGCUGGAUCAUAAAGUCCAGCAAGCCCUUGGGGGCCUCUCUAUCUUUGUCUGUAGGCUCAACUCUACAUACCAAAAAAAUCCCACAACCAACAACCAACGAAAAAAUCACUGCCCCAUCCUCCCUCAUGACCCUGUCACCCACUUUCUCUUGACCCAUGGGAAUGGAACAGCUGUUAGGGUGCAGAGGACCCUCCCCCAAAUUCCCAGACUAACGCAGCGCGGAAGGCUGCGGAUCUUUUGGGGUGAAUAGAGCUCCCUCCUGGUAAGUCUUAUUUUGUUAAUAAAUGAAUACUUGCUAUAUCUA